GUCUUGGUCGUCGAUCAGAGGUAUUUAGCCGUCACCGACUACCAUAACAGUCUUCCAGAAUCCUAUCCAACCACCACGUCAGACAUCUUUGGAAACGGGAGAUAUUCAGUAAACAAAGUCACAGGCGACAUGGACAGAUGGAAAAGUAAGCGGUUGGCCAAGUUUGAAACGCGAGUCUGCCCAUCAAAUAAGAUUGGAAAAUGGAACGGAAGGAUCGGAGUUGCCUUCCUUUGUGGUCAUUGUCUUAGCCCCUACUUUGCUAAACACACAGAUAGAGCUAUCUGCAACUCAUAUCGCGAGCUUGUCCCGAAAUGUCGUACAUUGGACAAUUCGAUGGCCGCAUUUCAAUGGCCUUCUGAAUCAGCCGAUCAAAAGGUCGGUAUCAGUGAUACAACGAGCAGCUUGCCAUUGCAUUCUCCAUGUUUGUGGAAAUCGAUACUCAGCGACAGCCUCAUAUCCAAGAAUAAAUCCCUUCAAGUGGUCAACAGCUGGAACGGUGGAAUGGUUACGUCGGAGCUGAGCCUGACAAUGCAGUCAUCUAGGUUCAGAACAGGGCAGGGACCGGCAUCUUGGGCGGAAUCUUUCCUUCACAUCCCUUCCACCUCCGACUAUCUUGCCCGCCACCCAAGGAAUCCCAACUUAUCAGGAAUGUCUGACAAUCUAUGGGAGGCAGCAUCUGCAGCCAUUCAAACACUCAAGAAUAUUGGAUAUACUAGUGCCUGUUUCGUCGGCAGCGUAGCCAGUUCUCUUUAUGGAAAUAGCCGCUAUCCAAAGGGACUUCAGACGAACAAGAGUACAUUAAACGGCGAAUUGUCAACUCGAACCCUGCUUUCUACUUGGUUCCCUCCAAGAAACCUCUUGCGACCUACAAAAUUCUUUAUUACCGGCCAUCUUCGACACGAUCCUCUUAUUCCUCUUCCUCGUAUUAUGACAACAGCUCAUAUGGAUAUAGUUCAUACAGCUACACUAAUACAAGAACCUCGAUCAAACAACUCUCGUCGACUCCCCGCAGCUCCACUAUCUCUGACACUUCUCCUCAAGCUACAAGCAUGGUCACAGUAUCGUGCAGCAAUCGAAUACCAUUACUCCAAGGAACAAUACAAGGAUAGCAGUGACUUAGAUCAGCUAGUCCCCAUUGCGGAGAGAAAACACCUGAAAAUAAAGCGGGAUGGGCAAGAGUUGCCAGUAGACUUCGUCGAUGAGGCUCAAAGAAGAGUGACGGAGUAUCUACAGGCAUAUCCGAGUAGUCCAACUCGUUCUGGGUGGAUCGCUAUGGGCUUCAAAGCAGCAUCCUUCGACUUAAAUCCCUCGAACAUAUCAAUAAAUGGCUUCAAAGAUAGCAAACCCCAUCUUUCGCAUGAUUCACAGCCAAUGAGCAAUGGUUUCGGUCACAACCACCCGCUAGGAGAUGGCCAGUUCUACCAAGAAGACCCAGAUGAGAAGCCGCUACCGUCUAUGCAUGAAUUGGAGAGAGAGUUGCCAGUUGUGAUGGAUGGGCAAGUGCAGUUGAGUCUUGUCAUGCAUCAGCUAGUGCAAGACCUGUAUGCACAACUGCUAAAUAUAGCAGAAACUCUAGGACGUGCGUCGGAUGUGGCAAAAAAGACCAAAUUACAACAGUGGCUAUCUUUGGCGUACAAGCAGGCCUCCAAGGUCUACGUUCUCGCAAAAUGGAGUCGCAAUGCAGAUGACAUCCAAAAGGCAAUGAACAUUGCUGCCUUCUUGCGUACACAAGGAGAGCAAAUUAUUUGGGCAACAAAGGCUUUGCAUAGUGUCCAAGACGAAGCGCAUCGUUUUCGAAUACGAAAUCCCGACUUACUCACAGCGCUCGACGUACUCACCACGGGUACAUACACUCGCCUCGCAAGCAUACAUCAAGAAUUUGUCAAAAAGAAGCCAUUGAGCAAUCGCGAAGUUGCCGAAGUGUUUGAUCAAGUGGAAGAUAUUAUGCGCAUGCGGCUCAUUUGUAAGGACGUCGUACCAGUGGAAAUGAAACAAUGGAGGAUCGAAGGGGGCAGAACUUUCUUCACUGUUCCGCAACGAUUCGAGGUUUCCCUCAUUAUGACGGGCGCACAAAAGGACGACGUUUGGGCCUUUGUUCAUGUCGAGUUUCUCUUUGGACUUCCGGAUGGAGAUAGAAAAGGAACGUUUUCGGACAGCUUAGCUUUCCAGAUCCGAGACAUAAUCAUGACACCGACCAUUCCGACAUCACAAGAUCCUUUAACCACUAUACCCAGCGGUUCACUUACAAGUGCUGUAGUGGACGCACCCCUACUCAUCGAAUUUGGAUGGAAGGAAUGUCUAAGAGUGAAGGUCGCUUUAGAUAGGAAAAGUAUGACCGUUCAAUAUUGGAUUAAAAAGCCCAUUAUUCCACCUCAUCCUAAUCCAGCAAUAUUGGCAGCUGCGAAGAACGCAUUUUCAUAUGGGGGGGAGCUUAUAAUCUCAAUCGUACCCAAGCUCUCCUCUAAUUCGGCAUUCACCUCGUCUAAUCAGCUCCAGUCGUCACUAAUGACUCCUAAUACAUUCACUCGACCACUUGGGCAAUUUGGGCGCGACAGUCAACAACCCGCACCCUCGAAAUCUCAAACCUCUGGGCCGUCGAGAACACCCAUCGACAAGAUCAAAGCUGAGAUGCAAGAGCGUCUAAAGCUCAGAGGAGGGGGGAAGCCUUCCGAUGAGGUGGAGGAGCACCGCUUCGAUGUUCAGUGGAGGCCUCAGCCCGGUGCUCUUGGUGUGCUGUUACCUCCCAGCGAGUUAGAUUAUGAAGGGUUAGACAUUGAUUCUGGUUGCCUGGAUUUUGAGGCGUUGCUGCAAAAAGUCCUGAGAAGGCAUGCCGAUGCGAUCAUGUCCCAACACCUCGAAAUUGCAAGGUCAUCUGGUCUUGUAUCAGAAUUUCCGCACUCAGGGGACGUGCGUCAG